GGUGGUUUUGUGUUGGUUUUUGUGGUUGGUGUCAUUCUUUCCUUCUUUUUCUCUCCUGUUUUGAAGACAAUCCAUCUUUAGUUGGGCAGAGGACCAUCACCAAGCCAGAACAGCCUUUACUGGAUAUCUCUAGAGAUGUCCUCCCUUUCAGAAUAUGCCAUACGAAUGGCUCGUCUGAGUGCCCGAAUAUUUGGAGAAGUUGCCAUCCCCACCGAUUCCAAAUCCAUGAAAGUAGUAAAGUUGUUUAGUGAACAGCCUUUGGCCAAAAGGAAGGAGACGUAUGACUGGUAUCCCCCUCACAACACCUAUUUUGCUCUAAUGAGGAAACUCCGUUUCUUUGGUCUUUACAGAGAUGAACAUCAAGAUUUUAAGGAAGAGCAAAGGCGACUAAAGAAACUUCGUGGAAAAGGCAAGCCAAAAAAAGGAGAAGGGAAAAGAUCAGCUGCAAAGAAAUAAUAUUGAACCAAUCAGUGACUGAGAUGAGAAAGAAGUACACAUACUCAUAUUUUUCCAUUCUCAAUAAGAAUACAACUUUCCUAAAUUGGUGGAUUUUUGUACAAGAAUCAACCCCCCAACCCAUCCCCAAUGGAGUCAAAUCAUGCUGAAUUAGGAUUGAAUUCUUGAACACAUUUUGGUCCUUAAAAGUUAUUUUAGCUUUGAUAUUGUGUGAAAAUGCUAUCUAUUGUAUUCUCAAAGAAAUUGUUCACAUGUAAUUAUUUGCUGAUUUUCUAGCAAAAAAUAAGAUCCUCACUAAAUUAGCAUCCCAUGGUUGCUUCUUUGACCCAAA